UCCAUGCAUCUAUUAUCAAACCCUCUCUCGAAGCUAAUAUAUAAAAAUAAUAUGGGGCAUAAUAAGCAGGGAAGAGUGAGUGCAAUAGCAACAGGUUUUGUGUUGAUGGUAUUUCUAAUUGGACAAUCAGGUGUAAUGUUGGCAAGUGCUACCAAAUACGUUGUUGGUGAUCGCACCGGCGGCUGGGCUUUUGGGGUUAGUUGUAACUGGCCGCCUCAUCCAGGGAAGCCCAUAUUUAAGGCUAACGACACACUUGUGUUCAAAUACAGCGCAGGCCAUCACAACGUGGCGCGUGUUAGUAAGGAUGGUUAUCGGAAUUGCACGGCGGGAGAAGGUGCUCAAGUUUAUUCAAGUGGAAAUGAUAAGAUACAGCUUGUAAAGGGCAAAAACUACUUCAUUUGUACUUAUCCUAACCACUGCACUUUUGGAGUCAGACUUACUGUAACUGCAAUUUAAUUGUAUAUGUAUACGCAUACAUAUAUAAUAGAUAUUCGUGACAUGAUAUCACUUAAUAAAUCCCACCUAUAUAUCUCUUUUCCGAAAUAAUAAAAGAAAAAACACAUAAACUUCUGUUAUUUAUUUAUUAUUUUACGUGGAAAUUAUAAGCUGUUGGCUUGUAUUUUAGUUAAAUAAAUCCAAUGAAAAUAUCUUAUUUCAUUGAAAAGCAUUU